AUGGCCGCACACAUCGUCCGACCCGGCAUCUCAAUGGUUGUCGAUGCUCCACAUGGUCAUCUCGAUGAUCAGCGUAAUGUUAAAGUCUCGUCAAACGCCAGUUAUAUAGAACUCCCCUCAGGCUGUAAGAUACUCUCUGUUACAAGCCUGCAUAACAGCCAAUGGGUCAGCACCAUGAAGAUAUUUGUUCAGCUGUCUGAAGGCGGCACGGCCGAGUUCUUCACAAAGGGUGCGGCUGGGGCUAUCGGUCAAAGCAUGAUGAGAGGCACUUUCGAGUCAGACCAGGCCUUGUACAGGUUUCUGCCCAACAACGUGCCACGCCCGGUAGCCUGGGGUAGGAACUCGGUUGGCCCAGAGUCCUAUUUCUACCUUUGCGACUUCAUCGCCAUGGACGAUGAGCGCCCUAGCUCGCAGGAAUGGGCUUCGCUCGUGGCCUCGCUCCACCGCAACAGCGUGGGCAAGUCCCCAGGAGGUCAGUUCGGCUUUCAUGUGACAACACACUUGUCUUUUGUGCCUGUGAGCAAUGCGUGGAACAGUUCUUGGGAGGCAUUUUGGACUCAGCAGAUGAGAGGCAUGUUCGACCGCGACGAUGAGGUUAAUGGCAUCGAUGAAGAAAUAUCAAGGCUCAAAACCGGGUUUCUCAACAAGGUCAUCCCGAGAUAUCUUAGGCCUCUGGAGAGCGACAGCCGGUCAGUGGAACCGUGCCUGAUACACUCAGACUUGUGGCCAGGCAACAUCAAGCCAAUGACGAGUUCUGGUGAAAUAUGCAUGUUUGAUGCAUGUGCCUACUGGGGCCACAAUGAAGCUGACCUUGCCAUCUGCCGCAAUCCUCGGUACAAACUCGGGAGACCAUGCAUUCUCGAGUAUCGUAAACACAUUGGAGUAACUGCUGUCCUAUCCCGCCGCCCAACCAAAUCACAUCACGUCACAACCGCCACAAUGACGUCGAUAGGAACAGGCUACGAUCUCGCCAACUCCAUCUUUUCACCCGACGGCCGCAACUUUCAAGUCGAGUAUGCAGUCAAGGCGGUCGAGAAUGGCGGCACCUCGGUCGGCAUCCGGUGCAAGGAUGGCGUCGUGCUGGCCGUCGAGAAGGUCGUCACCUCCAAGCUAUUGAAGCCCGGCGCCAACAAGCGUAUUGCAACUGUGGAUAGGCAUUUGGGUGUGGCGUACUCCGGCAUGAUCCCCGAUGGUCGCCACUUUGUAGACCGCGCCCGCGACGAGGCCCGCUCCUGGCGCGACACAUUCAAAACUCCCAUCGGCACCCCCGAGCUCGCCUCCCGCAUGGGCGGCUACCUGCAAGCCUACACCCUGUACCAGUCCGUGCGGCCCUUUGGCAUCACCGCCAUAGUGGCGGGCUGGGACUCGUCGCUCGAGCUCCCCGUCGACGGCGAGGUUGGCGUUGGUCCGUCGUGCGGUGCCGGCGGCAAGUCGACCGACAAGAAGUACGGCGGUCCCCAGCUGUACAUGAUCGAGCCGAGCGGUCUGUACUGGGGAUACUACGGCGCCGCCACCGGCAAGGGCCGACAGGCGGCCAAGGCGGAGCUGGAGAAGCUGGACCUCAGCGGGGAUGGCAUCAGCCUGGAGCAGGCCGUCAAGGAGGCAGCAAGGAUCAUCUACGUCGCACAUGACGACAACAAAGACAAGGAGUUCGAGCUGGAGAUGACCUGGAUCAGCAGCGAGGAUGGUCCCACUAAGGGCCGUCACGAGGAGGUACCCAAGAAGCUGCUUGAAGAGGCCGAGAGGUUGGCAAAGAAGGCAAUUGAGGGUGACGAUGACGAUGAUGACGACAAGGAUGACGAGAAAAUGGAGGAGUAAUAGUCGGAUGCAACGACUUCUGGAAGUUCAUGAGGCGUUGACUGUGCCGAAGUGAUAGAAACCUAGACAAACGUUUCUCUACGACUUGUAAUAACACAAUGGAUUCCGGCUUGGUCUAA